UUUCGAUCGACAACUUUAUAAUUCUAAAAUGUGCUAAUGAAUGAACAGGAAAUCAAAAAUAUGGAGGAUAGGGAGUUUACAGUGGAAAACCUUCUAGAAUGGAAUCAUGUGGUAAAACAAAGGUAAGAUAUCUGAAUUUUAAGGAAUUGAUGUAGAUAUCCAUGAGGUUGAAAGGAAGACACUAGUCAACUUGGUAUUUUAAAAGCACCGAUCUUGUUCUAUAGUUUCAUUGAUAUACUUUAAUCUGCAAAUCUAAUACUUAUAGGAUGGUAGCAGAGCAGGAUUAUGCAGGAAAAUUGGCACGACUAACAAAAUCUCUAAAAGGAAACCACAGUGGUUCUUCUUUGAAAGAUUUUUACAAAAAAGUUAGUAGCGAGAUAAUGAAUUCCAAUAAAGAGCAUCUAGAAGCGUACCGCUAUUUCCAGCUUCAGGUCUUUGAGCCAUUACAGGAACACGUCAAUCGUGCAGCGAAACGGUCCCCAACAUCUAUCUUAUCCAUUGAAGCUACUGAGGUACUCAUGGCCAGCAUGGAGAAUUUCAUACUCUACACUAAUCCAGAAUUUAGCCAACAGCCUGCACAAUCAUCAUCGUCCUCAUUUUCUAAUGCCUCUGUACAUCCUUCUGAACCUAUACUCGACACGCAAAGGUCUAUUUCUCCCACUUACAUAGAGUAUGCUGAGCUGGAAAAUCGAACAUCACGACUAAGCGAGGCAUUAACGAUGUUGCGCCUGAAUCCUCUAAUCUCAAGUGAUUUAAAAUUAAACAGUGUUAUAAAAGAGCCCUACACUUCAAGUAAGGGUGAAGAGGUACCUUUCCCGUUAAGUAAUGCCCAACUAGAACACUCGAAAGACACAAUCAGAAAGGAUCCACGAGAUUUUCGAGUUACCAAACAAAAUAAUUAUGUCUUACCUUCUUCUUAUUCCCAUCAAAAAGAAGGGAUGGAUUCUUCGCAAGCAAUUACGUCCAAUGGCUGGGAAUCACCUCUGACAUCUCCGCAUACCUCUCCUCUUAAUAAUAUCCAACCCGAAAAUUUGCAAAAGAAAUCUUCAAAUAAAGAUCAAACAUUUUCUACAGUUCAUUCAUCAAAUAGUGUACAAUCAGGGAAUGACAGCCUUGAGAAAUACUUUUCGACGCAUCCAUUGAUAACACCAGACGGAUUUCCUAUUUUUGGCUAUGUACGUGCAUUGUAUAACUAUAGGGCUCUACUUUCCUCAGAAAUCAGUAUGCAAUCAGGCGAUAUAUUAAUUGUUCUAAAUCGGCAAAAGGACGGCUGGUGGAAAGGCCGUGUUGUUAAACCCAAAGUCGGAAACGUUGGGCUGUUUCCUUCUAAUUACAUUCAAGAAUUAGAUCCUACUUAGCAAUGAAUAAAAACCCCAUUAUACUACAAGGAAUGUCGGUGUUGCCAAGCAGACAUCUUUAAAUAACAUUAAGUAAAUUAUUUAUAUUUAACUAUAAGGAAUAAACAAUAAAAAAAUAUAUCAUAACAU